GGUGUUGAAACUUUCUAACUUCGAUACAUGAGUCCAUCGAGGGUGAUUUGAUCUUUUUAGGGGUACGUGAAAUGUUAGAUCCUCUACGUUAGGAACUGCAUGAUGACAUUUCCAUAUGUGAAUCGACUUCUAUGCGUAUCAUUAUUAUAAGUGAUGAGAAAGAAAUUAAAGAGACUGUGAGUUUCAAAAUUGGACUGCUCAAAGGUAAAGGCAUCUCACUCCUAAACUGCACAGGUCUUGAGUUUGGCAAGAUGUCAUUGAUACAAAAAAGGAAUACUGUUCAAAACGCAGUCUUCUUUAGCCGGACAGACCCUUCCCAGAAGAUACAGUUAAUUAAGUUGCUCCGGGAGCAGAUGUUUGUUUGUGUCAUGACGAGUCACAGAGUGAAUGCCUCCUCGUCUCUGAAGUGCGCGUAAAUUUGUAUUAUCAUGGGUUGGGGAACAGAGGUUGCCAAAACUGCAAAUUGGUUGAUCCUGGUCGAUGACAAUUUAGCUACGAUUGUGAAGGCGGUGCGGAAGGACUCAGUAUUUUUUUAUCACAUCAAACAGUUCAUUAGCUACCCUAUCAGUAGAAACAUUGGUGAAGUUGUUUGUGUGAUAACUUCAAGGAUUCAAGGCCGCCUUGGGGCGCUAUCUCCUAUUUAGCUUUUAUGUCUUAACCUAGUAACUGAUGGCCUUUCAGCGACUGCUUUUGGAUUCAAUGAGCCUCAUCCCGACAUUAUGGAGCGGAUCCCAUGCAAUGUGGAUGAGCCCAUCAUGAAUGUGUGGUUAUUCUUUGUCCACAUGAUAGUCAAUGCGUACGUUAGUCUCGCAACCGUAGCUGGAUUCCUUUGAUGGUUUUCCUAUAAUUAUUUCAUGUCGUCAGACCUUACCUAUUUCUCAACAUGCGCCGGUAGGACCUCCAUAAAGUGCGUCGUUCUAGCAGACCCUGAGGCUGAACGAUCCAUUGUGCUUUCUAUUCUUGUCACAGUCGAAAUGGUGAAUUUGUGAAUGCGAGCAGUGGAAAACAAUUCCUCAUAGUAUGUUAUCUGACAUCGAAUAUUUGGCUGCUUUUCUCUAUUUCAUCUUCAAAUGUCUCGUAUUUGAAGAUCAUGUAUAUAGCUUUCUUCUCAGGGCUCCUUCCUAUUACACCUCUGGGAGUUGAUUCGAUGGCCGUGCGGUCAGCGCUGCCCUGGGCUAUACUAGUUCCAACCAAUUUUACUAAUGAAAGGUAGUGUUAGUGCUCAGCAUUCCCACUAUUUUCAUUGAUGAAAUUCCGAAGUUCAUCUCUCGAAGAUUAAUGUAAGCAAAGUCGAAAGUGUUUUCUAAAGAGAUUAAUUGGAUAAGCAUCGUGAAUAUAUGGAAGCCGGAAGGAAGUAAAAACAAAAUGGUGCAAUGGUUCUACAAGGAUGUAGAUUUGAAGGAAUUUGCUCUGCUACCUUCAUAUAAUUUAUUUAACAGGGUGUAUUUGGAGAUGAGUCACCUGUAUAAAUGAAUAUUAAAACCAAUAA